UAUUUGAGCUUGGAAAGAUUGAUGCAACUGUAAGCCCUGGGCUCAUGGAAGGAGAGGCCCCUAAUGGUUAACGUGGGUGGAACGCCAGGUCAUUCUUCCUCCCGCCUGGAUCCGGCCACCCGGCCAUAAAACCAGUCCAUAUGGCCAGGGGCGGCCCCACACCCGGGUGCGAACAGCCCAGGGCCCCGAGCCUCGCGUGCAGGAAAACUUCCUGCUCCCCUAUAGUCAGGAGGGUCCUCCAGAAGCAGGCAACUCAGGCACACUUGUGUAAGGUGUCCGGGCAGUGAAUUUAGUUUUAAACCAAAUACUUGUAAGUGGAAAGAUCUUAACUCCUCUCCAUACUUUAAAGAUUAAAUUCUUUAAAUAAUAGAUUUAACACUUUAAAGACUAGAUUCUUCUUCUUUGAAGUCCAUCUUCAGUCAAGGUAUUUUUUCUCAGAGUACCUACUUCACUUUGUUUCUAUAAUGGCUGCUUUUCCACUAGAUCUGCGGGAUAAACUAGGCCUCUUGUUAUAUGAACUGUCCAAACCUAGAUUAGUAGCCCUUGUGCACAAUGAGGGCGCAAGAUAUUGGAUAAGUGAAUGUAAUUGAUUUAGAACAGAGCGCUUUUUCCACUCCCAGGCAGAGGCCCAGCACAGUUGGGUUGCUCUAUGUAUGAAGCAGGAAAGGUACUUGGGGGGGGGGGAAGGUGUAUAAUAUUCAGUUUGGAGGCUGAGAAGUGCUUUUAUUUCAGUGCUAGUGGGGGUACAAUGAGCCUACAGAAAGGCUGCAAUUCUAGGAGAACUCCGAAUUUCAUCCUUAAGUGAGGUCUGUCCUUAAUUACUUAAAACUCCCUCUACCCCUAAUAGCCUCCUCCUUUCAGCUGGGUCCCGCCUCUUUAUACAGCCUUAUGGUCCUUAUACCAGCCGGUGCCUCAUUCCCCCAUCACUUCCCACACUCUCAGGCCAGUUCCCCUCCCCCUUUCACUCCUAGUCUUUCCGGGAGCCUCGUGCCGGGGUCUUUCCCGGGUGGGAUCUAGGUGCUGAAGGGGGCGGGGCCGUAUUCUAUCCCUCCUACCCGGGCGCUGCGGGAUAUAAGGAUCCAGACAAGCAAAGACCCGGUCCGCGCCAGGGUCCGGAGGAGCAAUGGUCACCCGGGAUCGAGCAGAGAAUAGGGACGGGCCCAAGAUGCUCAAGCCGCUUGUGGAGAAGCGGCGCCGGGACCGCAUCAACCGCAGCCUGGAAGAGCUGAGGCUGCUACUGCUGGAGCGGACCCGGGACCAGAACCUCCGGAACCCGAAGCUGGAGAAAGCGGAAAUACUGGAGUUCGCCGUGGGCUACUUGAGGGAGCGAAGCCGGGUGGAGUCCCCGGGGAUUCCCCGGUCCCCAGCCCAGGACGCCGAGGCGCUCGCCAGCUGCUACUUGUCCGGUUUCCGCGAGUGCCUGCUCCGCUUGGCGGCCUUUGCGCACGAUGCCAGCCCGGCCGCCCGAGCCCAGCUCUUCUCCGCGCUGCACGGCUACCUGCGUCCCAAACCGCCCCGGCCCGAGACCGUAGAUCCCAGGCCUCCAGCGCCGCGCCCACCGCAGGACCCCGCCGCACCAGCCCUUGGCCUGGCGCUACACCAGCGCCCCCCAGUGCACCAGGGCCCCCCUAGCCCGCGCUGCGCCUGGUCCCCAUCCCUCUGCUCCCCCCGCGCCUGGGAUUCCGGCGCGCCGGCGCCCCUCACCGGACUUCUGCCGCCGCCACCACCGCCUUACAAACAAGACGGGGCGCCCAAAGCCCCGCCACUCCCGCCGCCCGCUUUCUGGAGACCUUGGCCCUGAGCUUUUGGGGGUGGGGUGGGGGCGGGGGCUGGGGGAGGGGUAGAGACUCCAGCCGGAGGGCAGCAGAGGGACCCGGGCAUCCGGGCGAGGUGUUGGGGAGGGCGGCGGGGCGCGCGGGCUCAGCGCGCGGGUGAAAUGUGGUCUAUAUUAGAGUAUCUAUAUAAAUAUAUAUUUCCCUGGUUCCUGUCCCUUUCCCUGCCCCCAACCCCGCGUCUAGGAUUGUACCUUUCUAACCCCAGCCCAGCCCCAGCCCCUUCCCGAGUCCCUAGUGCAUGGAAUAAAAUGGUUAUUAAAUCCCGGUGUGUCCCGGAGCCGGGGGCCUGCCUUUAUCUCGGCGUCCACGCCCACUUUCCCUUCCCUUCUGUUUCCCACCCCCAGUCCUACUCUCCAAGGCCCAAGCUCCGGGGUAGACAGGUAAGUAAAGAAGAGAGCAGAGCGGAUACUGAGGUUGGAGCUGAGACCAAGACGAAAAUGCAGAUAGGGCAGGGGGAAAAGGUCGGACAGAGAGAAAAGAACAAACCUUGAAAUAAAACCGACUCUGGUGGGAUUCGAACCCACAACCUUUGAAUCGCUCUUUCGUCACUAGAAGUCCAAUGCGCUAUCCAUUGCGCCACAGAGCCACCUGGCGGGCGGUGGCGUCUCGUAGCUUACGGGUAGUAGCAUGGGGGAAGGGGCAGAAUGACAAUGUUGUUGAUAGGAAAUUGGGCGGGGCGUGUUAGGAGCCUAUGGUUAGGAUCUCCGAGGCCAGCCGGGGAAAAGUAUGUUGCUCAAGCACGUGCGCCAGGUGGGAGUGAGGGCGCACAAGUGUUCCAGAAACAGAGAGGGAAAGCCAACAAACAGGAGCGAGCAAACAAGUGCAGAGCUUCGGCUGCCGGCUUGGAAAGUGCUUCCAGCUCAGGUGCAGUCCAGUCCCACGUAGCCCCACUAAAUAAACGUGUUUUGCUAUAAA